AUGAGUUAUGGCGGUGAUCAGGACGCUGCAACAGACCCUGGCAGUGAUCAGGAUGCUGGUAUGGGGUGUGGCGGAUAUCAGGAUGCUGGUAUGGGGUAUGGCGGUGAUCAGGAUGCUGGUAUGGGGUAUGGCGGUGAUCAGGAUGCUGGUAUGGGGUAUGGCGGAUAUCAGGAUGCUGGUAUGGGGUGUGGCGGAUAUCAGGAUGCUGGUAUGGGGUAUGGCGGCGAUCAGGACACUGGUAUGGGGUAUGGCGGCGAUCAGGACACUGGUAUGGGGUAUGGCGGCGAUCAGGACACUGCUAUGGGGUAUGGUGGUGAUCAGGACAUUGGUACGAUGUAUGGGGGUGUUUUGUGUGCACUGGGACAUGUGAUGGGGUCUUCCUGCAUUAUUUCUUAUGGGCCUUGUGGGGCAGUGUUUAGGGACACAUGGGGCACUAAAUUGGGGUGGCUGGCACUGCAGUGUGUGAAUGUACAAGUAGCCUGACAGGCUGCUG